UCGUUCGACAAUUCCUGUCAGUAUUCCGUUAAACGGGAGCAGCGGGGACGGUCCCGUAACGAGAUCACGCACGGGACCAAAAUUGGAUCAGAAGUGUCCUCUGUGAGUUAGAAACUCAGUGAAGAGUGCAGAGUGAAUAAAAGAUGAUUGAAUCAAUUGACACCCAGCGCUGUCUGCAGGCAGUGGAGCGACUGCAGGCCCGUCUGAAGGAGAAGGGGGGCGACGUGCCCUCCGAUGAGAAGCUGAGCCUGCUCAAGUCUGUCCUGCAGAGCCCUCUCUUUCACCAGAUCCUUGCCCUGCAGAAAUCUGUACAGCACCUCAAGGAACAGCCUCCGUGUGUACACUCAGAUUACAAUGGGGGAUAUGUUGACUUGUCUCAGAUUAACGGACAGCCCUCACCGGAAGAACAUGAGCGCAUCAUUCGUGCCAUGGCACAGGGUCGGUACGUUGCUCAUAUUGAGUUGGCAAAGCCGUUAUCUGGUGGUUUGGGAUUUAGCGUGGUGGGACUGCGAAAUGAGAACCAAGGAGAGCUGGGCAUUUUCAUACAGGAGAUACAGACAGGAAGUGUUGCAUACUGUGAUGGUAACCUUAAGGAAGGAGAUCAGAUCCUGGCGAUAAAUGGACAACCACUGGACCAGAAUGUCACCCAUCAGCAGGCAGUUGCUCUGUUACAGAGAGCAUCAGAACGCGUACAGAUCACAGUGGCCAGAGGACCCGUCCCUCAGCUGUCCAGCCCAGUAGUGUCCAGAACGCCCAGCGCUGCCAGCACACUGUCUGCACAUUCUAGUGCGACUCGCUGGACUCAGCUGGAGAGUAUAGAGCUGGUAAACGAUGGCACUGGUCUGGGUUUUGGCAUCGUCGGAGGGAAGACCACUGGAGUUAUCGUCAAAACCAUCCUACCUGGUGGUAUCGCAGACCAGGACGGUCGCUUACGGAGUGGUGAUCACAUCUUGCGUAUUGGUGAAACCGACCUGUAUGGUUUAGGCAGUGAGCAGGUAGCCCAGGUACUACGGCAGUGCGGCAACAGAGUCAAACUGGUCAUCAGCAGAGCAACAGUAGAUGACUCCCCGUCUCUACCUGUAGCCCUACCAACGGUUACCGAGCAGGGUCAUGAAGAAGAAGAAGAGCCAGGGGCGUUUGAUGUGAGUUUGACAAAAAACGCUCAGGGCCUCGGCAUUACCAUCGCGGGAUACAUAGGAGACAAAACUGCUGAGCCUUCUGGGAUAUUCGUGAAAAGCAUAACUACAGGAAGUGCUGUUGAGCAAGAUGGCCGUAUCCAUGUGGGAGAUCAGAUUAUUGCUGUGGAUGGUAUGGACAUACAGGGCUUUACCAAUCAGCAGGCAGUAGAGGUACUACGACACACCGGCCAAACCGUCCAUCUCAAACUCGUCCGCCGUGGCUUCAGGCCAGAAGACACACCCCUGCCGAUCAUGCCCAUCACCACAGAAACAAAACCCUCUCAAAGUGUGUCCCAAGACUCAAGACUGGAAUGUGGUGCCAUAGACACCACUCAUGAAGAAAGGUUCCAUGCAGAAAUAUCAGAAGCUUCCAGAAGCACAGCUGAUGCUGUUCCACCAUGCACACCUGAAGGAAAGCAUGGCAUCAAACUAAGAGCAGAUGAGGAAGAGGAGCUGAUGAAGAAAUGGCAGAAUGCUCUUGGCCCCAGCAAUGAAGUCAUUGUUGUACAGAUAGAGAAGUUCAGUGAAAGUAGCGGACUGGGAAUCAGUCUAGAUGCGAGUGCUGGUCACCACUACAUACGCUCAGUUUUACCUGAGGGACCUGUUGGACGUUCUGGAAAACUCUACAGUGGAGAUGAACUACUCGAGGUGAAUGGUAUAUCUCUAAGAGGUGAGACUCAUAAGGAGGUGGUGAGCAUUCUGAAGGAGCUGCCCGUGUGUGUGUACAUGGCCUGCUGUAGGCUUGCCCCUUUGCCAUCAAAUGACAGCCAACCUGGCCAAUCAAGACUGGAGGAGGUGUCUACAGAGUCCACAGAAAAGGUCCUGGGUGAUGUUGAGGACUUCCUUGUGUCAGACAAAUCAGAGAAGAGAGUGAGAGAUCAUGUGACGGAGGAGGUGGCUGGAGCUCCACUGGCGAUGUGGGAAUCAGAGAUUCAGGACAUUGAGCUGGAGAAAGGAGAACAAGGGUUGGGCUUCAGUAUCCUAGACUACCAGGACCCCAUGGACCCAGAUAAGACAGUAAUAGUGAUCCGAUCCUUGGUGCCGGAGGGUGUGGCAGAGCUGGAUGGGCGAUUGUUGCCAGGAGACCGGCUGAUGUAUGUAAACAACACCAACCUGGAGAGCGCCAGUCUGGAGGAGGCCGUGCAGGCGCUGAAGGGGGCCAACCUGGGCACAGUCCGCAUUGGGGUGGCCAAGCCACUGCCUACUGAAGACGAGGCUACCUCUUCCUCCUCUAUCUUCUCGGUUCUGGUGCAGAAGGAGAGAGAUGAGGAUGAGGAGGAGGAAGAAGUGAUGUUCCGUGCUGAACCAGCACUGAUUGACUCUAGUGAUGUGGACGAGAAGGCAUUCAGUCGUCACUAUGGCGACGAGGAAAACGACACAUUUCAAGCAUCCUUGAUUGCCCUCCAUGGAAGCACCUGCAGCGCUGAUCUGACUUAUCAGAUGACAAUGCAGGCAUCCACUCCCCAGAGAAACACUUGCCUGGACUCCUUCAUGGAGUAUCCCUUCCUGACGCCGUCCAGAAUCACAGAUGAUACCACACCGUUUUCUCCUGAGGAGGAAACGGCCUCUCUGAGGUGUGAGGGAGGGUCAUUAAGACUUGGCUCUGCCCACUCAGAACUGAUCGUGGACCUCGUCUUAGAAGAAAUGGAGACGGUGGAUCCGUUGAUGUCCACGAUUGGAAUAUCUAGAGCUAGCCCCACCUCCACUUCUAAAGAGGAGGAGCUUGUAAAGUCAUUAUAUACGGAGGUGGGGCCAGUCAUGCCUGAGCUUCGAGUUCCUAAAAGCAUUUACAUUGAGGAUACUCAAGAGGAGGAAGGGGAAUUCCCCGUGGUCAAAACUGCAGAAGAACCCGAUCAAGCAGAAAUGACUCCGGGGAGCAAUUUCGAGAGGACCAUCACUGUUGUCAAGGGCAACUCAAGUUUAGGUAUGACCGUUAGUGCAGUGAAGGACGGUGUGGGUAUGCUGAUCCGAAGUAUCAUUCAUGGAGGGUCUAUCAGCAGAGACGGACGCUUAGGGGUUGGAGAUCUAAUACUGGCUAUCAAUGGAGAGCCAGCCGGGAACCUAACCAAUGCACAGGCCCGGGCCAUGCUGCGCAGACACUCGCUUAUUGGACCUGACAUGGGAUCUUCAGUUGCUCCAGAAGAGGAGCUCUGCCCCUUUUAUAUCAUCACCUAUGUACCAGCGGAGUAUUUAGAGGAAUACAGAGCAAGUAAGCAAGCAAAGGAGGACAUCUUUGCUGUGGAUACGUCUACUACCCAGAGCAGGUAUGUAGUAGAGCUUCCUGAGAGGGAGGAUGGAGAAGGAGAAGAGAGUGAACUACAGACAGCAGCUUUCAGCAACUGGAACCAACCUAGAAAGGUGGAGCUCUACAGAGAAGCAGGAAAAUCAUUAGGCAUCAGCAUUGUGGGUGGACGGGGCAUGGGCAGCCGCCUCAGCAAUGGCGAAGUAAUGCGGGGCAUCUUCAUCAAACAUAUCCUGGAAGACAGUCCUGCAGGACGCAAUGGAACUCUGAAAACUGGAGACAGAAUCGUACAGGUGGAUGGUGUGGAUUUAAGAGAUGCCAGUCAUGAGGAAGCUGUAGAGGCCAUCCGUAAAGCUGGGAACCCUGUAGUGUUCCUGGUGCAGAGCAUCAUUAACAGGCCCAGGCCUUACUCUGUGCAAAGCCCUCCUUCAUCUCCACGCAUAGAGAAACACGAUGCUGCUCUUGAGCGCUUCCUGUGCCAGAAGCCUCCUGUUCCUUUUCCGCAGCUAUACAGCAGCGAGCCGCCGCUCUACUCUAACGCACCAGCCCGCUUUACACACACCUCACUGAAGACGUCGACGACAGACUUUGCUGAGGACAGAACAGUGCCCUCCACAAAGCCCAACAAUGACAAGGAUGUUGAAAGUCACAGUAGACUUUUCCUCCGUCUCUCCCCAACUAACCCUUUCACCCCUACUCCGUUUAAGUUAAAUCGGGAGCCAGGGAAAGUUUCCCCUACAACAUCAUUCCUCACAUUGCCGGUGGUCCCGCAUGUGGGUGAGACAGACACAGACACGCUGACAGAGAUUCCUGACCGCAUGGCUAUUCCUUACGACACUGCCGAGGAAGAGGAGGAUGAGUUUGGCUACACCUGGAAGAAGGUUGUGGACCGUUAUGGGAGUUUGCCAGGUGUGCUGCAUAUGAUUGAACUGGAGAAAGGCAGAAGCGGUCUGGGUCUGAGUCUAGCAGGGAAUCGAGACCGCUCUCGCAUGAGCGUCUUCGUGGUAGGGAUUGACCCCAUUGGCGCAGCUGGAAAAGACGGACGGAUCAUUGUAGGAGAUGAGCUGCUGGAAAUUAAUGGCCAGAUUUUGUACGGCCGCUCCCAUCAAAAUGCCUCCUCCAUCAUUAAGAGCGCCCCCUCCAAAGUCAAAAUCAUCUUCAUAAGGAACACGGAUGCUCUGAGCCAGAUGGCUGUUGGCCCAAUGAAGGAGUUUGGAGACACCUUGGAUACAGAAACGGAGCCUGAAAUGAGCUCUUCUGUCAGCCACUCGUUGUCAGACAUGGCCAUGUCUAAAAGUGUUCAGCAUGUAAUCCUACAAGUGGAGGAGAGUGGUGUGGGACUGGUCUUGAUGGAGGAGGACAGCGGGAACGGCAUGAUCGUGCAGAGUAUUAUGGACGACGGAGCGGCCAGAAAGGAGGGCAGUAUACAGGCAGAAGACAGACUGCUGGCAGUGGAUGAUGAAAUGGUGCUGGGCUUCUCUGUGGAAAAGGUGAUGUCACUGCUGAACAAACCAAUGAGCUCAGUGAAGCUCACCAUCUGUAGAGAUGACAACACCCCAAUAUCAAACGUAUCCAAUCAGAUGACCAGAGACUCAGAUCCAGGUGCAGACACUUUACCCAGCAUGCCCCUGACCUCAGCAACGCCACCAGAAACAGAACCAGUCAGGAGUUCCAGCAGGUCAUCAACCCCUGCAACCUUGGUGUCUGACCCUGUGACCUGUCCCAUCAUCCCUGGCUGUGAGACCACCAUUGAGAUCUCUAAAGGGAGAACAGGACUCGGCCUUAGCAUUGUGGGAGGCUGUGACACACUGUUGGGUGCUAUAAUAAUCCAUGAGGUGUAUGAGGAGGGAGCUGCUUCUAAAGAUGGCAGGCUGUGGGCUGGAGACCAGAUUCUUGAGGUGAACGGUAUAGACUUGCGUAUGGCAACCCAUGAUGAGGCCAUAAAUGUGCUGAGGCAGACUCCUCAGAGAGUACGUCUAACCGUGUUCCGUGAUGAAGGUCAGUAUAAGGAGGAGGAGCUAUGGGAUGUUCUCACUGUGGAGCUGCAGAAGAAACCAGGCCAAAGCCUUGGACUCAGUAUUGUCGGGAGAAGGAACGAUACAGGUGUGUUUGUGUCGGACAUCGUUAAAGGUGGAGUCGUAGAGAGUGAUGGGCGGCUCAUGCAGGGAGAUCAGAUUCUGUCUGUUAAUGAUGAGGAUGUCCGAUCUGCAACACAGGAGUCUGUUGCCGCCCUGCUGAAAUGUUGCGUCGGUCCAGUCAAAGUGGAGGUGGGUCGUUUUAAGGCGGGGCCAUUCCACUCUGAGAGACGCAUGUCUCAGGGUAGUCAGAUGAGUGAAGGUGGAAGCUGUAAGAUCACCCAUCAGACUUUCACCGGCUCUGGUAGCCUGCAGGGAGACUUGGAAAUCCGCAGGAGUCAUGAAUCACUGGACCAAGAUGUCAGAACUAUUGAGCUGUCCAAGGGGCCAUCUGACUCCCUGGGCAUCAGUAUAGCCGGCGGUGUGGGCAGUCCUCUGGGAGAUGUGCCUAUAUUCAUUGCCAUGAUGAACCCUGCUGGUUUAGCUGCACAGACACAGAAACUCAGAGUUGGUGAUAGGAUUAUAUCUAUCUGUGGCACAUAUACAGAUGGUAUGGCUCAUAGUCAAGCUGUAUCACUGCUGAAAAACACCACAGGGACCAUACAACUGCAGGUUGUAGCUGGUGAUACUACAGUGACUGGUCCCCCACCAGAUCAAACACCUGGACUGACCACAAGCAGUAUCUUCCACGAUGACCUGGGUCCUCCUCAGUGUAAGACGAUUAGUUUGGAGAGAGGGCCGGACGGUCUGGGCUUCAGUAUAGUGGGCGGCUUUGGCAGCCCCCAUGGAGACCUGCCCAUCUAUGUCAAAACUGUGUUUGGAAAGGGCGCAGCAGCGGAGGACGGGCGUCUGAAGCGCGGUGAUCAGAUCGUUGCUGUUAACGGUCAGAGUUUAGAGGGAGUUACACAUGAGGAAGCAGUUGGCAUUCUGAAGAAAACCAAAGGCACCAUCACUCUCACUGUGCUUUCAUAGAGAGAGAUACACUGAACACAGAUGUAAUUUCAUGCACACAACAGUCAUAUACAACAUUCUCACAAGACACUUUGAAUUUUGCUCAUACAAACCACAUCCACACGGUCACUGUUGCACUCUGAUUAAAAUGGCUUGUGUGCUUUUAUUCAGACAUGUAUUAGCUCUUGUGAUCUACAGAGAGCACUCAAGUAGAGCCAUUAGUAACACUGGCUCAAGCUGCCUACACAAUGUGAUGUUUAUCAUUGAUGCUGUAGAAAUGUUAAACGUACCCCAGAUAUCGUUUUUACUAUGAUUAGUAUGCUGUUUUAAAUGUAAAGCCCCUUCUAAAACUGUUGCUUUUGUCCUAAACUGUGCUGAUAUCAGUACUGGGUAGUUGAAUAACUAAGCUACUGUUUACCAGCCACCUUCAUCAGUAGCCUUUUUCCAUCGUGAAACAUCAUCAUGAAUACUUCUUAUAGUCUGUCCAGCUUAAAUUAGUUCUGCAUUAAUAUCAUUACUCUGCUCAUCUUCAGAGAGUAAAUUUCCACCUCAAAUUCAGUGCUGCAUCAGUUCAAUGAGGAGACAUGACCUCAUAUUGAUUAGGAUAUGAUUCAGUGCUUAAUGUUUUCUAAAAGCUUGAAGGUAGUGAAGUACCUUUCUUAAUGUAGUUUUAAUAUAAAACUUCCAUAACACCUUUUGUUAAUUUAGGUUGUUGUUUUUUGUUUCCUUUUUUAUUCUGUAAACAUUCUAAGAAAUAAGUACUUUAGGCAAUACUCCUAGUCCUAGACUGCAAAAAAUGGCUAGCCACGACUUCUGACUAGAUUACGUCCUCUGAAAGACAAUCUGACUGCUGGUCUUAGCGAUCAUAAUUAUGUGAAUGCUUUGAAGAGAUACUCUGUUAUAAUAAGAAGUAUGAAGUGGGAGAAUUAUUUAGCCAUCCAAACUGUGUUAUUUAUGAACCAGAGAGACUAUUAAAGACAUCUGAGUCUUAAAUGCAGGUAUUAAUGAGAAACAAAUGGAUUAACUGUCUGUUAUAUAUUUGUUAGAUCUGGCUGCUAAUUCACACCAUGUCUUUAUUUAAUGCUAUUUACAGUAUUCAUGCUAAUGUUCAUCAUGUGUUUUUCUGUCAGUGUGGAUUAUGUUGCAGUUAGAGAAAUGAAUCUCUACACACAAGCAAUUCUGAAACCCAGUAUUGAGUUUUUUUUUCUGCAGCUAAAUGAAUAAAAGUGACCUUCAGUGGAUUAUGUCCGUCACCACAAA